AGUUCUUGAAAUCAUGAAUCCUGUUUAUAGCCCUGGAUCUUCUGGGGUUCCCUAUGCAAAUGCCAAAGGAAUUGGUUAUCCAGAGUGAAAGCAGAUGAACGGUACCCCCUUCAAGUCUUAACAGAAUAAACCAGGACCUAGCACAGGAUGCGCUGAGCACUCUUAUUACUGUUGCGAAGCAUUAAGUUCUCGAAGGUUGUAGGCACCUAAUCACAGGUUUAAAAGAUAGGAUUCUGAAUGUGAUCUACUGAAGUUCUGGGGAAGGACGUUAUGUUCUGGCACAGCUGGUUUCCCCAUGGGCUAUGCAGCAGCAGCUCCUGCCUAUUCUCCUAACAUGUACCCUGGAGCAAAUCCUACCUUCCAAACAGGUUACACUCCUGGCACACCUUACAAAGUGUCCUGUUCACCCACCAGCGGGACGGUGCCGCCAUACUCCUCCUCCCCUAACCCUUACCAGACUGCCGUGUACCCUGUGCGAAGUGCCUACCCCCAACAGAGCCCAUACGCACAGCAGGGCACGUACUACACACAACCCCUCUAUGCAGCACCCCCUCACGUCAUCCACCACACCACCGUGGUGCAGCCCAACGGCAUGCCGGCGACCGUGUACCCUGCACCCAUCCCCCCUCCCAGAGGCAACGGAGUGACCAUGGGCAUGGUGGCUGGGACCACUAUGGCCAUGUCAGCUGGCACCCUACUGACAGCUCACUCCCCAACUCCUGUCGCCCCCCACCCAGUCACUGUGCCAACAUACCGGGCCCCAGGAACACCCACCUACAGCUACGUGCCCCCUCAGUGGUGAUCACUCUGCAAAUGUUUGGAUGGAGCUGUGCAGUCACAUUGAGGUUUCACAGCUGGUGCUGCAGGCCUCGUGCCUCCAACAGGGACUCUCUUCUUAAUGCUCUCGACACUUAGCUAAACACGAUGACAUUCUGGCCCAGCAGGUCCCAGCGUUGGUAGUCUUCAGCUAACUCUGUGGGUUGGUUUUAAAGCAAAUCCUGUUUCGUGGACUGUGUGGCAAUUUUUUUUAGCUAACUAUAAUGAUAAAAGGGAGUAUUAAUCUAUUCUGAACCAUAUCUAGUUGAAUGCAUGUUUUAAAAAAAACCACAAAAACAAAGCUUGCUCAAUCUACCUGCAGUGACUGAUGCAAAACCAUCAUAUGCAAAAUCCAAAGGAAUGGAAAAGUAUUUUACAACUUGUAUCACUAAUGCACUGUUGUAAUGUAUGCAGAGUCUUAAAGUUAUAAGUGUAAAAGUGAAUUUCUCCAUAGAGCACCUAAAAUACGCUAGAUGAUUCUUCAGCCUUUUGGGUUGGUGUGGUUGCCAGUUAGGACCAUAGACUUUAGUUUUCAGUGAUUUUUUUCUUUCACAUUGACUGCACUGGGGGAGUAAGUCACAGGAGGGGCAGAGUCAAGAGGAGGCUGCAGCUGCCUGGGGUGUGGCAUGCCGGCUUCCCAGCCCCUUCUGUCCCCCCCUUUCCAUGUGGGUGUGGUGGGGUCAGUGUGGUGUGGACAUUCUUAAAGACCAUCACCAAACAGUUGUGUGGCCGGUACAUUUAGGGGCAGAGCGGUGGUUGAUGUGUAAGCAGAGGAACUUCCUCUGCUAUCAAAAUUUUUGUUACAAAUCUCUUACAAAUUAGACAUGCUGUUUUCUUUAUCUGUAGUGGAAAAGGCCUGUGUAGAAUUAAACUAUUUCCCUGGCGGGGAAGACGUGUAAAAGAGGAGCCAUCGCACUUGGAGGAGGCAUUGACCUCUGCUGUAUUUAGCUUAGAGAAUCAUUCCUUCUUUUUUCCUGAGAAAUCCUGAGUCAGCUGAAGAACAUGGAGGCUUUGCCGCUCCCUCCCUUCCCCCACAUACACACACACAAAAAGAAGGGCAAAGAUUAUGUGUUAUGAAGAAUAUAUAUAUUUAAGAAUUAUGAAAAGGGAACAAACCUAUUUAAAAUUCCUCAUGUUUCUUGUAGACUGAGUAUGCAUUGUGUCAGGGCUCCUGUAAUUUCUCCUGGGGUUGUCCCCCCUGGUGAUGCGUCCUCUGAGACUGGCUGGGGGGGAAUGAGAGAGUGAAGGGGUAAUGUCUGCGGUCCGGGAGAUUUCUUCUGCCAUCUCUUCUUGCACCUGAGGGUGUUUAGCAUGAAACAAGGUUGGACCGCAAGAAGGGAAUGCAUUUAUGGCCGCCAUGAUGAUCAGGAAGGAAUUUUGAUCUUAAAAUCUGAAUAUUGCACAUAAGAAAUCAGGAGGAUAUAGAUGCAUUUUUGUUUUCCUAAGUACGCCGAACUUAAAAUGAUGGGAGUGCUUUUUUCUGUGUUCUCAGAUGUAGUCGGGGUGGCGAUGGAAAUUGUGUUCCCUUUUAGUGGUCUUUAGGGCUGUGGGGCUGGCAUCUUGUUUACACCCCGAUGGUGGUUUUCAGUGCUGUAUUUGGGGGAAGGGUUUCUGCUCUCAUGUCUCUGGCAGCUAGGUCACGGGCUCUGAUGCUGGUUGGGAGGUCGCCCCACUAGUGGUCAGCCCUGGUUGGUGGGCAGGACACCUGACCACUGAGCCUUUGGUAAUCUUUAUUUUUUAUAGUACGUAGUCUUCAUAAUUUUUUUUUCACAUUUAUUUUAUAACAACUUUAGGAAUAUUUUUGCAUGGAUCAUUGUAAAUAAAAUUCCUUAUUCCUGAUAUCUAUUAACAUAGAGUGUUUACUGAUAAGUACUUUAAAUUGCUUUAUGAGCACUUAACCCACCUUAGCGUGUGUGUGUAGCAGACAUUUACCCCAGGUACACAGUUAGAAUCUGUUCAUUUUUUCAAGUCUGUGUUGAUGAUUCCAUUUGCGUAGUUAAUGGGUUUGCUUGCAAUAUUAACAGGUUCUAAGGGUUCCAGGGGCUGACCCGACUGAUAGAGAAGUCGGUUUUCCCAGAUUAGGAAUAAUAGAUUAGAAGAUAUUUACGAUUUUAGUGUGUAUUUAAACAAAAACCCCAAACAAUAAAAAGCAGAAAACCACACACACAACUUCCUGUAAGAGGUGUAGUCAUUUGAAUUCAGGAUGAGAAGCUAUCUAGGAUGUCUCUUCAGACUUGCUUGGAUGCUGGCACACACGGGGUGAGUGUUUUCACAAGCGCUGAAUUAAACUUCAAGAGAAAGAUGAGCGGGUUGCAUUUCUUUCUUUUACAUCAGCUUCAUAAACACUUCUCUUCCCCUUUAUAAUUUUUAAUUUUUUUUCCCUUUUGUGAAGUUGAGUUGGGAGGCUGUUUAUCAAACACUUUGCAUUAUGGAAUGCAUCCAUGAGGAAGUCUUUUCAGUUUUGAAAUUAUCAGGGCAUCAGCUAUCAAUAAAUACCUUAUGAUGAUAAAAGGUAGAGCUUGUCAGGUAAGAAUCUAGGCAUAUGAAUAGUAACAAAACUCUCACAGACAGUAAUUUCAGCAGCAUUUAACUCCAGUACCAUUGAGUACAACUUGGGUCAAACUUCUGUUAAAAAGUUGUGUAAUUUGAGAUCCCAAGCACAGUAGUGGAAGAUUCUGAGAAAUUUUGCUUUUUCGCAUAUGAUAUUCCUGAUUUGAGAGUCUUUCAGCUGAAUUACGGCUCUUUUAGAAGCUAAAGCAGGCAAGCAAAAGGGCCUGAUUCCUGUAGACAUGGAUGACGUCAUGGAUGUUUUAGAAAAUCUUGUUAUACAACUUACAACCCAAGGUCCGCGAGGUUAUUACAUCAGAUGUGUAGAUACUGCUGUUUCUGUGUUAAUGGAAAUCUGGUUUGGAUCUGGACUGAGUUGCUGUGUGUUCAGCAGACUGGCCUGCUGCCUCUGAGAAGGAGGCCAGCAUUGGCUGGGCCAUUCGUGGAGCAGCCAGGCUCAUCAGUACGGAGGCACUUCAGAACCUUUUGAGUCUCUAGUGUAGGUAGCGUCAUUAGGCCCAUCAGUGGCUAUUCUGGGACACUGUUUAUUGAGUGCUAUGCAAACUUAGUAUUUACGGGACAUGAGAGAGCCUGCCCUCCCCAAGUUGGGCACACAGUUCCUUGCUCCACCGGGUAGCAUCACCUGGCUGUAAUAAAUGAGGCCUGAAGGUGAUUUGCGUGUGUCUUUUGGGGACACUCCAGUAAUGAGGGAAAAUACAUUCUUAAAGAUAAUGCAAAACGUACUAAUACCUGGUAGUAUUGCUCACAUUUGGUUUCUCUGAGGGUGCCAGGGGGAAAGUGGUGUACACCAGCUAUGUAAAUACUAAGGUCUGUUCUAAAUGGCAUGUACAGACUUCUUUACCUGCCCAUUUUAAACAUUUGAAAACAGUAUUAACUGACCAUUUGCGCCACUUCCUCCUCAUCCGGCAGCUAAUGGCCUAACUAAACAGGACAGGAUACCUUGUCUGACAUUCUAGUGGAUGCAAGGGUAGGUUCCAGGGAGUACAGCAUCACUAGCUUCGGGGAGCAUGAAGUAAGGGCAGCUUCUGGUUCUCUCUGGUGCUUUUGGGGGUGGGGGGAGGGUCUCAAAAGAGGAAUGCAGUGGGGCUUAAGGGAGGGGGCAGAAUGCUUAGCUCCCCUCUCUACAUCUCAGAUUUUUGUGUGUGUCAGCGUACAUUUUCCUGAAUUGUGUAUUAUUCAGCCUAAGCUUUCUGAAGGUGCAGUAGACUCUUGAAUAUACUGCAGGUAAUUCUCUGAGGGGAGGGUCUGAUCAUUUCAGGUACAAAACUGUGAUGUUGCUCUUAGAUAAACCUGUUGGGAAGGUUUGACCCUUUCUUCCACCUCCACUUCAUUUGAGGAACAGAAAACCUGUGGGGAUAGUCUUAUUUUUGAUCCACAGGACUAGAGGUUAGUCGGGAUUCCCUGUCCACUGCAGACAGGGAGACCAGAGGCAAAAGAAACCUUUCUGGGCAUCUCUGUCUAGGGAGUCCAAGAGGAGCUUCAGGAGACAGCGUGUGCUCCUAGUCAUCUUCCUGCACGGUAUUGGGCCACUGGAGGUGACAGGUGUCAGUCUUGGCCUCCUGGAGCCAAUAUGGAAGUCUUCUUGCAUGGUGGUGGUGCCCAGCAGGCCACUGGCCCCUCAGAGUGCCUCCUGUGGCUCCUUGUGCAGACUAGUGGUCAGGAAUGCUGUGGCCAGAUAGAAAAGCAGCUGUCCUGCGCUCCUGGCAGGGUUGCUGUGAGAGCCACUUUGAGAGAGGCCCCAAGGAGCCUUAUGGGUUGUGUUUAAACAGGAAAUGGGUUUUUUUUUUGUUGUUUUUUUGUUUUAAUGACUUAAAUACUGUUUCCUAGACCAUUCUAUUGGUACUUUUUUUACGCUUAAGUCAGCAUUGUCUUCCAGUGUUAAAGGCGUCCCUCACCUCUGCAUUGAACUUACUGUGUCGAUACAAAGGAAUGGAGAAAUCCAUCCUGAGCCAGUUCAAUUAUGUGUAAAUUCUUCCUAUUUUAAUUUUUUAUGCAAUCUGAUGAGUAGAUGAGCUCAGAUUUAAAAUUCUUAAAAGCACGUUUAUCGUAACAAGAAUUGUUAUGUAUUAAUACUGCAGUUUUCAAUAAAGAUUGACUUGUGUUGCA